AUCGACUUCCCUGAGUUCCUCUCGCUGAUGGCGAGGAAGAUGAGGGACACGGACAGCGAGGAGGAGAUCCGUGAAGCUUUCCGCGUCUUUGAUAAGGACGGCAACGGCUACAUCAGCGCGGCGGAGCUGCGGCACGUCAUGACCAACCUGGGCGAGAAGCUGACGGACGAGGAGGGGGACGAGAUGAUCAAGGAGGCCGACUGCAACAACGAUGGCCAGGUCAACUACGAGGAGUUCGUCAGGAUGAUGACGGAGAAGUGA